GAGUUCAAUCUUUUUUUCUUGUAAAUCCUACACUGUACGAGUACGAUAUAAUCGAGUCUCCAAAGCGUCAAACAAUUUAUAGAAGCAACAAACGCCACGACCCCCAGCAAUCCCAGUAUUUAUUUUAUUUACCCACUACUACCGCAACCACUUUAUUGUUAGGAGAAUGCCAAAAGAAGUCGCACCUCGUCAGAGCCGACGCCAUAAUCCUCUGCAUGAUGAUCUGGUUGAAAACGACAGCGGAAAUCUACAGAAAAUUGCGCGGUCAAGACGGAAGGAAAAGCACGAAAAUUUUGAGAGCUACGUCGACUCUGGGUUAUCAAAGCGAAUUCUAAAAAUUGCUCGGGACCAACAAGAUGAACUUCACGAGGAAGAAGCCGAAAAAAACGCUGCGCAGGGUGAAUUCUUUGGAUCGGCUGCCGACAUACGAUUUCAGGACGAGGAGGAAGAAUCCGAUGAGGAAGAGUAUGACGAAGUUGACUUUGGCGAAGAUGAUAUUGUUGAGGAAGUCGUAUGCUUACCGCAUAUUUCUACCGCAGACCUAGUACUGACAGUUAACAGGAGGUCGAUGAAGGAGACAUAGAACUAUUCAAUCAAUUCAUGCCAUCAGACCAGGGGCCCGAACAGCGGAUAUCUCUUGCGGACAAGAUCUUGGAGAAAAUCGCAGAGCAUGAGGCAAGGUUAGCGGGGCACCCAAUAGAAGGCGAGCAGACGUCUACACUACCGCCAAAGAUAAUCGAAGUCUACACAAAGUUCGUGUGUCCAACAUCCCUCAUCAUAUCUCGCCUCGUAAUCGAAUUUUACUCACUACAGUUUCAUACAGAGUUGGGCUUUUGCUCUCACGCUACAAAUCUGGGAAGCUCCCUAAAGCGUUUAAGAUCAUCCCAUCCCUCAACAACUGGGAGGAGAUUCUCCUCAUCACCAGGCCAGAUCAGUGGUCGCCCCAUGCUUGCUAUGAAGCAACCAGACUCUUUGCCAGCACCAAAGCUAAUCAAUGCCAAAAGUGAGAUCCCGCCUGACAGUCUUACCAGCUGCCGGUAUUCCUACUAACAGCUUGAGCCCAUAGGUUCUUAAACGUUGUGCUUCUCGAUCGAGUACGUGACGACAUCCAGGAGCACAAGAAACUCAAUGUCCACCUUUAUAAUGCCAUCAAGAAAUCGCUGUAUAAACCUGCGGCGUUCUUCAAAGGAUUCCUAUUCCCUCUUGCUCAGGUUCGUGCGAUCCCCCGGUCCAUCAGUGCGACGUAUCUAAUAUCCAACCCAGACUGGAACAUGUACCUUGAAAGAGGCUCAAAUCGUCGGCUCAGUCUUAACUCGCAUCUCGGUCCCAGUUCUUCACUCCGCUGCAGCGCUUCUCCGCCUAUGCGAAAUGGAUUACACCGGCCCAACAUCGGUUUUCAUUAAAGUUCUAAUCGACAAGAAGUACGCGCUCCCGUACAAGGUUAUCGACGCUCUUGUUUUUCACUAUAUGAGGUUUAAGUCGGCCCCCGACGCGCUCCCGCUGCUGUGGCACCAGAGCUUUUUGGCUUUUGCCCAGAGAUACAAAAAUGAUAUUACUGAAGACCAGCGGGAUGUGCUGUUGGAUGUUUUGCUUGUCAAAGGUCAUCCGCUUGUUGGCCCGGAGAUCAGGAGGGAGCUCCUGGAAGGGAGAGGUAGGGGUGUCGAGACCGGGGUAGCAGAUGACGAUUUGAUGCUAGACUGAACUCUUAAUGUAAAAUAGUCGUAGGCAGUGGUUCGAAGUUUUUACGACUUUUUGCAGCGAGUCUGCACUCAUAUCAGUAGCAAAUCUAAGCACGAACACCGUCAUUCCCUAAACUUCGCUUGCUACAUUAAUUUCGGCA